GCACUUGUCACUGGCUCCAAACAUUCCUUCCUUUAAAGCCAAGCAUCCAGAGUAACAGAUGUCUUACGUGCAUCUCCCGAGCUGUGCUGUCCGCCGCCCCUCCAACUGCUGUGAUGGCGUCCUCGAAAGCAAAUCCAUCGUCGUUCUCGUUCGCUCGCGAGCGAUCUCCUCCGACACACACUGAGCUCGCGACAUGUAUCUCUGCCCCAUUGCCUGAACACAUAUGCUUGUUUCUUGUCGCGCGCAGGAGGAGAUGACGACGUACCUUGGCAUGAACCUCGUCGAGGACCGCUGCGACGCGGAGGACAGCCUCGCUAGCUGGGCUCCGUCCGGUUCGUGCACGCUCUCCGCGCACGCCGAGGACCCGGCUCCGGACUCGCUUCCUCCGGCGCUGGCAGCCACAGCAGACGCCGACGACUCCGACGAGGAGGCCGUCCGGUGCGCGCGCAAGCCCAGCGGCCGGUACGUCCUCGCGGCGCACCGCAAGGACGAGAAGGACGGGCUGUGCCGGGCGAUCUCGCGCUUGCCGAAGCCAUGGGUCACGUACCGGGUGGCCGGGUGGGUCGGCGUGGAUGCCGCCGGCUCCGGGGAGGGGGGCUCGCAUGCCGUGCACGUCGAGGUCCGCGUGGACGGCCACCGUCCGGUCGGUGGAGGCAUUGUCGUCGUCGAGCCGGGGAAGUGGGGCGAAAUCAAGGGCUCGUUCCGGGUGGACGACGACGAGCCGCCGCGCUGCGCCAAGGUCUACGUGCACGGGCCGCCGGCCGGGGUGGAUAUCAAGGUCAUGGACCUGCAGGUGUGCGCCGUGAACAAGAUCCCAAGGCUCAGGCACCUCAGGAAGAAGGCCGACAGGGUGCGCAAGCGUGAUGUGAUCCUCAAGGUCAGCGACCGGGCGGAGGACGGCGUGUCUAGCGUCGCCGGAGCGCACAUCCGGGUGAUCCAGGUCCAGAACAGCUUCCCGAUCGGGUCCUGCAUCACCAAGGCGGGCAUCCAGAACCCCGAGUACGUGGACUUCUUCACCAAGCACUUCGACUGGGCCGUGCUGGAGAACGAGCUCAAGUGGUACUACACGGAGGCCGUCCAGGGCCAGGUGAGCUACGCCGACGCCGACGAGCUCAUCAACUUCUGCGACCAGCAUGGCAAGCCGGUGCGCGGGCACUGCAUCUUCUGGGCGGUGGAGAACGCGGUCCAGCCGUGGGUCCGCGCCCUCAACGGCGACCAGCUCCGCGCCGCCGUGGAGGCCCGGCUGCGCGGCCUGGUGUCGCGCUACGCCGGGCGGUUCCCGCACUACGAGGUGAACAACGAGAUGCUCCACGGCGCCUUCUUCCGUCAGCGGCUCGGCGACGACGUCGACGCGCACAUGUUCCGGGAGACGGCGGCGAUCGAUCCGGCGCCGGCGCUGUUCGUGAACGACUACAACGUGGAGAGCGCCAACGACCCCAACGCGACGCCGGAGAAGUACGUGGCGCUGGUCACGGACCUGCAGCGGCGGGGCGCGCCGGUGGGCGGGAUCGGGAUCCAGGGCCACGUCACGCACCCCGUCGGGGACAUCAUCUGCGACGCGCUGGACAAGCUCGCCGUCACGGGCUUGCCCGUCUGGGUGACGGAGCUGGACGUGUCAGCCGCCGACGAGGCCGUGCGCGCCGACGACCUGGAGAUCGUGCUCAGGGAGGCGUACGCGCACCCGGCCGUCGAGGGCGUCAUGCUGUGGGGGUUCAUGCAGGGACACAUGUGGAGGUCCCACGGCCAGCUCGUCAACGCCGACGGCAUGCUCACCGAGGCCGGCAGCCGCUUCGCGGGGCUCCGGCGGGAGUGGACGUCGCACGCGAAGGGGAAGGUGGACGCCAACGGCAACUUCAAGUUCAGGGGGUUCCACGGCACGUACGAGGUGUUGCUCACGACCGCAGCCGGGGAGGUGAAGAAGCAGAGGUUUGACGUCAAGAAGGGGGACGCGCCGCUCGUGCUCGACAUGAAUUUCUAGAUUCGCAUUCGCACACGCCGUGCACACAUUGGUCACGGUGAUUAAGAUUUACGACAAGGAUUAUUAGUACCAUCUACUUACUAUUCGUACAUACAAAAUUGCAAAGUGUGGUAAAUUGGGAUUGGAAUGGUGCAUGUAGAUAUUACUGUGGUCAAGAAAUCAUGUAUCUUUAGUAAUGGAAAGUGUGUAGAAGAUUGGUAUUGUACUCGGUAUUUAUUGAAGAUAGACUGCAGUAAAUAAACGAAAAAUUUGUUUACACG